AUGGCAGCCCCAACAAACCAAGCCGCAUGGCUCACCACUGCUGGCACGCCUCUCAAAGUUGACGAAGCCCCAAUGCCCACCGCCGGUCCUGGUGAGCUCGUCGUUAAGAAUGCGGCCGUAGCCAUCAACCCACUCGACUGCCACAUGCAAGACGUCGGCGUUUUUGUCCAGCAAUGGCCCGCAAUCUUCGGCUGCGACGUUGCCGGGGAAGUACACGAAGUAGGAUCCGGCGCCGAGGGACGCUUCAAGAAAGGCGACCGUGUCAUUGGGCAUGCUAUCAACUUGGUCACGGGUCGUCCUCAAGAUGGUGCCUAUGCCCUCUACACCGUUAUUCCUGCGGACAAAGCCGCCAUUCUCCCUGGUAAUGUUUCCUUCACUGAUGGUGUUGUCGUCCCAUUCGCCCUGGAGGCAGCUGUCUGUGCACUUUCACUGAAAGUACCCGGCCCUGCAAUGCCAGGUGUAUUCACCCCAGCCCUAGCUCUGCCAUAUCCUUCACUUCAACCAGCAGCCUCCACAGGCAAAGUACUCGUCGUAUAUGGCGGUUCAUCUGCCGUCGGCUCUAUGACAACUCAACUCGCCACUGCCGCCGGAAUUCAAGUCAUCUCCAUCGUCGGCGCCCACAACUUCGAGUUCAGCAAGAGCUGCGGUGCAGCAGAAAUAUUCGACCACAAAGAUGCAUCUGUUGUCGACAAGGUCGUCGAAGCGGUCACCAAAUCCGGUCUCGAAUUCGUCGGCAUCUUCGACGCCAUCGCCAGUCCUGAUACCUACAAUCGCGACCUUGCCAUCCUCUCCAAGUUGGGCGGAGGUCAUCUCGCCUGUGUUCAUCCCCCACCACCAGAGGUCCCAGAGAACGUCAAGGCCGGUAUGAUCUUUGCUGUCAAUGACAUCGCAACACCGGUCUGGAAGGACUAUGUUACAUCUGCUUUGGAGUCUGGAAAGCUCAAGUGCCUUCCAAAGCCAAAUGUCGUCGGAAAGGGCUUGGAGCACGUUAACAAGGCUCUUGAGAUGUCGAAAGCUGGUGUUAGUGCUACAAAGCUAGUCGUGGAAUUGUAG